GAACCCAAACCGAUUCACCCUCCGCUGUCUUUCACUCAAGUUCUCGGUGAACCGAGUUCCGCUGUCACAGCAGACCAUGACAGACUCGGGGCCAAAGUUCAAAAUAUUCAAGUUUUUAAAGAUUAUUAUAAUUAGUCUCCUCGUUACAGCGCUGCUGUUGUUCACCGUCGCGUCUAUCAGGACGCUCUCCCUGGACGUGAAUGUCGGACUGAAGCUCGCGCGCUGGGAAAAGACGAGCAACGUCUCGCUCGUCAUAGACGACCACCAGCGAGAGCAGCUCCUCGCGCAUUUUAAAGAGGCGAUCCGGAUCCCCACGGUGUCCUUUUCGGGGGAGGAGAGCAACACCAGCGCGCUGCUUGAAUUUGACAGGUUCCUCCGGAAAGCCUUUCCAACAGUGUUCUCUUCAAGCUUGGUUCGUCAUGAAUUGGUGGCCAACUACAGCCACCUGUUUUGGGUGCAAGGAUUGCAGUCUGACCUGGUGCCAUACAUGCUGCUGGCCCACAUAGAUGUAGUACCUGCCUCAGAAUCAGAUGGCUGGGAGGCCCCACCAUUUUCCGCCAAGGAGAUAGAUGGCUUCAUCUAUGGUAGAGGGACCAUAGAUGACAAAGGCUCUUUAAUGGGAAUUCUUCAGGCACUGGAGUACUUACUGAUAAAAGGCUUUGCUCCACGGAGAGGAUUUUACAUUGGACUAGGUCAUGAUGAAGAAGUCAGUGGUUACAAGGGGGCAAUGAACAUAGUGCGUGUACUGAAGCAGCGUGGUGUGCAGCUGUCGUUUGUCCUGGACGAGGGCCUGGCUGUACUUGAUGGGGUCAUCAGUGGUCUUGAAGGACCUGCUGCACUGAUUGGGAUAAGUGAAAAGGGUUCGGCUACUGUGAAGCUUAGUGUGUUCAUGGUUCCUGGUCACUCCUCAAUGCCUCCCAGAGAGACCAGUAUUGGGAUCUUGGCUGCAGCAGUCAAAAGACUAGAGGACAACCCUAUGCCAAGGUUAUUUGGUCAUGGGCCUGAACGUGGAACAUUUGAGCAUCUGGCGCACAAGUUCGGACUUCCAAUGAAGUUCAUAAUGUCAAAUUUGUGGCUGUUUGCCCCACUCUUAGGCAGGGUACUUGAAAGAAAACCAGACACGAAUGCUUUUGUAAGGACAACCACAGCAGUCACCAUGUUUAAUUCAGGAGUUAAGGUGAAUAUCAUCCCAUCCCUCGCUGAAGCUUAUGUAAAUCUACGAAUCCACUCAGCACAGUCCCUCCGAGAGGUCCUGGACCUCAUCCGGUCCACAGUGGGGGACCAACGAGUGAAGCUAGAGCUCGUUGAUGGAUUUGACCCCUUGCCUGUGAGCUCUAUGGAUGAGACGUCGUUUGGCUACCAAAUCAUCAAGAAAACUGUGUUGGACAUGUUUCCAACUGUUACAGUUGCUCCAGGUAUCUGUAUUGGGAACACAGACAGUCGACACUUUAAAGACCUGACGAAUGAUAUUUAUCGCUUCGCUCCAAUCUGGUUUAAACCAGGUGAUGCACAAAGAUUCCAUGGCAUCAAUGAACGGAUUUCCAAAAAGAACUACGAGGAGCUUGUAGUGUUUUACUUCAGUCUGAUUAAAAACUGUGACAUUCAGAAGCUCCCUAAGCCUCACAGCUCUAUCCAUGAACUCUAAGGAUAGACAUUAUGGGUAAAAUGCAAUCCAAAAGUCUGUGUUAUUAGUAAACUGAAUAAUUAGUGGGACCUUGAAUCAGUGUAUUGGUCACUACAUUUUAAAUAAAAUGAUGUGAUCCUGCGUGAUUCUACAUUUUAGAGCCUGGCAAUACAAUUUCCCAUAGCUUUACAUUAACAGACUCUUUUUAAUAGUGUUUGAUGACAUACAGUAUUGACCUUGUUCUGAUAAAAUGACAUAUGAGACAACUUUGUGGACCUCUUCUGCAUUUGGGAUAACAAUUUUGCAAUAGUGUUGUAAUGAUUUUAAACAAUUUAUGAGAUAACUGAUACUUUUUUUUUGUUGGGCUGCUUAUAAUAUUGUUCUACUUGAAAUGAUGGUACAUAAUAACAUUAAUUAAAUGAGUGUAUGAAUACAUUUUGGCUGCUGAUAACAUAAAAUAUAAAAAGAU